GCUCUUCUGUUUCAUGUUCUGCUACCACGUACGGAACGUCAAAGUUUGCAGGGAAGUGGGCUUUGUGUUGCAAUCUGACUGCACUCAUCUACGGCCUGGUGUCAUUCCUGGUGGCCAUUCUGCCACUUGUCCUUCUGUUAUCACUAGCUGCUGCAGGCUACGCUGGUCUACAGGCACUUGGGGAUUGGCUGGAGGGUAGCGUCAUCGAUUAUGACAACGAAGAUUAUUACAAUGACAACUCCAAUACUGCAACUGAUUAUGGAUACUGGG